CCACUAACUUCAUUGAUCAACCUUCUCAAAGAAAAUUUGUGGACAGGCAGCAUUCAAUCUAAACACUACCAUUAUUAUUCACCGCUAUACUAACACAAAAGCAUACUAACAACAAUAAGGGAUCUCAAUACAGCAUAACCGGGGAACCACACACCCCUCCUCUUCCGGACAAACAGAAAAAGAUGCAACCAACACCAAAGACAGCCGAGGACGAGGAUCAGACGAGCCCUCUGAUCUACCUCCACGCCGAACUCCUCCCGCAUAUCCGUCACAUCACCCUCUAUGUCUCUGUUCCUGCUGAGGACAGCGACGCCCAUGCCCAAUCGCAAGACACCUGUCCUAGAUCAGUGGAAACAAAGGGAGAUGUGCAAAUCACACUCUCCGAGUCCCGCCGCGCGGUGUCCGUGUCGGUGGCCUCGCCACAACUGCCGGACAACCGUGACGAUGAUGCUUCUACGGAAACAAGAACAGCGAUGGAAGCUGAACCCGAAACGGAAACGAUGAAGCUCCCCGCGCGCGUCACGGAGGCCGCAAGAUAUGUGCUUCGCGCCCCGCAGUGGCAGCGUACUUCUUCUGAGGGGAGGAGGCGGGAGUCGUCGUUUCGGAUGCAGGUUGCUGCCGCUGAUGAUGAUACCGGUAAUCAGACAAAUGGGACUGGAUUGUUGGCGGGGAGGGGAGGGGAUGAGGAGCUGGUGGGCGGGUUUGUGCCGUGGAGGGCGCCGGAUAUGCGGCCGGGGACGCGGGUAAGAUGUCGCGGGUGUGAAGGGGUGGUUCUGGAUCAACCUGCGCGAUCGGCCGGGGGGUGGGUGUGGAAGGACCUGCCGAGUGGGAAUUGGGCGGAGAUGAUGGAUUUUUGGCAUUGUCAUAAGCCGGAUCCUGAGGGUGGUCAUAAUCAUGGUGAUGGUGAGGGUAAGGGCGAGGGUGAUGGUGAGGGCGGGCUUGAUGCCGGGGAGCAGCAACAGCAGCAGCAGGGUGCGAAAGCUGAUGGGGGAGGUCGAUCGGAAGAUCCGAAUGCGACGGUCAAAGGGUAUGGAGCUGCGAAUCAGGUCGUGGCUACCGUGGGCACGAUCCUGGUGGAUGUCGCGACUUUUCUGGUGGCGGUGGAGGAUUGUUUGGGGGUGAUGAAGGACCCGGACUCCGAUGAAAUCCGCUGCUGCAAUUGUAAUACAUUACUCGGCCAAGUCGACCUUACAGCCCAAGGCUGGAGACUCUUCAAGACCGCUCUCUCCGCAACAAAGACGAAUACUGAUGCUGAUACCGAGCAAAUGGAGUGGGAAUCCCACCCCAUCGAGGUCAUCAUCGCCGCCCAACUCCUGGAGCUAGUCGAGCGAGAAAGCGCGCGUCGCUUCGUCGUGCACUGCGGACAUAGCAGUGGAUUGUUGAUCUGGGUCUUCAACCCCGACAUGCGGUAUUCCAACUCGAGCGCCCACCACAGCAUCGCCGCCCAACGAGCGAUGAAGGUGUUCUUCCAGUCUCUCCACAAUGUGGAGCAGACGCUGCACCCGGAGGUCGGGAAGCCGUCGACCACGCUGGCGUUGGAGGAAGUGCGGUUGCCGGAGGAGACGUAUCGGGCUUUCGAGGAAGUGCUGCACCGGAGGAAUGCGAUGCUGCCCGUGUCGGCCAGUCUGUUUCGGGAGUGGAGGGUGGGGAUUUUGCAUCGGUUGCAGUGAUGUUGAGGGUUUAUGUCCUUGUUGGAAGGGAGGAAGGUGUGGGUGUUUUACUGCAGGUUGUUGGAGAGUUCAUGUGGUGAUAGCGAUACCCUUUUCAUGGUUAUUAGGUGCAUUUAGAUACAAUGGGCAUCCAGACUACAAGUUGUAUAUAAUGCAUCCCUAUUGAGGUAGCUAUAGAUAGUACUAGUGCAAAGCACCGGGGUAGGAUGGAAGGUUAUUCACAGGACAUAAUAGAACCAAGUCUUAAUGAUGCACAGGUUACCGGU